UAAUGCCCGCUCCCUCCCUUUCCAGAUCCUUCUCGAACGCGCGGCGCCCUCAGCCAGCGCAGCCCGAGCCCUUCCGGAAAGGGCCGAAGCGGGAGCCGGGGCCUCGCGGGUUCCCCGCCGGGCGUCACAGCGCGCCUGCGCAGAGCGCAGUAACUGCCGGUUGGUGGCUGCUGCUCCGCAGUGGGGGAGAGACGGGCGAGGAGCCGGGUUCCAGCAGCCGAGACGGUCGGCGCUGCCGCUGUAGUCGCAGGUCGGCGGGGAACGGGAGGCACCAGGCGCAGCCAUGUCCGUGGUAGGCAUCGACCUCGGCUUCCUUAACUGCUACAUCGGCGUCGCGCGGAGCGGCGGCAUCGAGACCAUCGCCAACGAGUACAGCGACCGCUGCACCCCAGCAUGUAUAUCUUUAGGAUCCAAGACCCGGGCCAUAGGGAAUGCAGCAAAGAGCCAGAUUGUCACGAAUGUAAAAAAUACAUUACAUGGCUUCAAAAAAUUGCAUGGAAGAGCAUUCGAAGAUCCUUACAUACAAGCUGAAAGGGCCAAACUUCCCUAUGAGCUUCAGAAGAUGCCAAACGGCUCUGUAGGAGUAAAGGUGAGAUACCUAGAUGAAGAGAGACCGUUUGCAAUUGAGCAGAUAACAGGAAUGUUACUGGCCAAGCUCAAAGAGACUUCAGAAAGUGCUCUGAAGAAGCCAGUGGCAGACUGUGUGAUUUCAGUACCCAGUUUCUUCACUGAUGCUGAGAGACGGUCUGUAAUGGCAGCUGCACAGAUUGCAGGAUUAAAUUGUCUGAAGCUGAUGAAUGAAACUACAGCAGUUGCGCUAGCCUAUGGAAUAUACAAGCAAGAUCUGCCAGCCUUGGAAGAGAAGCCAAGAAAUGUGGUCUUUGUAGAUAUGGGACAUUCUGCAUAUCAGGUUUCCAUCUGUGCUUUUAACAAGGGAAAACUAAAGGUCUUGGCUACUACCUUUGACCCUUUCUUAGGUGGCAGGAAUUUUGAUGAGGCUUUGGUAGACUACUUCUCUGAAGAAUUCAGGACAAAAUAUAAACUGAAUGUAAAAGAGAAUUCCCGAGCACUGCUGCGAUUGUAUCAGGAAUGUGAAAAACUAAAGAAGCUUAUGAGUGCAAAUGCUUCUGACCUUCCACUCAAUAUUGAGUGCUUCAUGAAUGACCUUGAUGUCUCCAGUAAGAUGAACAGAGCUCAAUUUGAACAAUUGUGUGCUGCCCUUCUGUCCAGAGUGGAACCUCCUCUAAGAGCAGCCAUGGACCAAGCUAAACUUCAGCGUGAAGAUAUCUACAGUAUAGAAAUAGUAGGUGGGGCCACUAGAAUCCCAGCAGUGAAAGAACAAAUCUCUAACUUUUUCUGUAAAGAAAUCAGCACCACGCUAAAUGCUGAUGAAGCUGUUGCAAGAGGUUGUGCCUUGCAGUGUGCAAUUCUUUCCCCAGCUUUUAAAGUACGUGAAUUUUCCAUCACAGAUGUUGUUCCUUAUUCAAUAACAUUAAGAUGGAAAUCAUCUUAUGAAGAAGGAACAGGGGAAUGUGAAGUCUUCAGUAAGAACCAUGCUGCUCCAUUCUCAAAAGUAAUUACUUUUCACAAGAAAGAGCCUUUUGAUCUGGAAGCUUACUAUACCCAUCCUCAUGAAGUGCCUUAUCCUGAUUCCAGAAUAGGGCGUUUCACUAUUCAAAAUGUUGUUCCCCAACAUGAUGGUGACAAUUCCAAAGUGAAGGUUAAAGUGCGUGUCAACAUCCACGGCCUUUUCAGUGUGGCUAAUGCUUCAGUAAUAGAGAAGCAGAACAUAGACGGAGAUCACAGUGACACACCUAUGGACACUGAAUCAUCAAGUAAGAACCAAGGCAAAGAUGAUGAGCUGGAUAAAAUGCAGGUUGAUCAAGAUGAAGGUAUUCAGAGAAGUCAGGCUGAACAACAGAGCCAAGCAGAUGAGGAAACUGAAAACGCAGGAACCGAAACAAAAACUGCUUCUGGAGACAAGCAAGAUCAUCCAAACCAGCCUAAGGCUAAAGCAAAAGUCAAAAGUAUUGACCUACCUAUACAGGCUAGCCUCUACAGACAACUGGGACAAGAUCUUAUCAAUUGCUAUAUAGAAAAUGAGGGGAAGAUGAUGAUGCAAGACAAGCUUGAGAAGGAAAGAAAUGAUGCUAAGAAUGCUGUGGAAGAAUAUGUGUAUGACUUCAGAGACAAGCUAUGUGGAGUUUUUGAGAAAUUCAUCACUGAAGAAGAUUCACAUAAACUGACCUUGAUGUUGGAAGACACAGAAAACUGGCUUUAUGAAGAUGGAGAAGACCAGCCAAAACAAGUGUAUAUGGAUAAGCUUCAGGAGUUAAGAAAAUUUGGACAGCCUAUUCAGGAAAGAUACAUGGAACAUGAAGAGAGACCAAAAGCUUUAAAUGAACUGGGAAAGAAGAUUCAGCUCCUUAUGAAAGCAGUAGAAGCAUAUAAAAAUAAGGAUGAAAAAUAUGAUCACCUAGAUCCUGCUGAGAUGGAAAAAGUUGAAAAAUACGUUAGUGAGGCUAUGAAUUGGUUGAAUAGCAAAAUGAAUGCCCAGAAUAAACUAAGUUUAACUCAGGAUCCAGUCGUCAAAGUGGCAGAAAUGUUGGCAAAAUCCAAGGAAUUGGAUAGCUUCUGUAAUCCUAUUGUAUACAAGCCCAAACCAAAGGUAGAACCUCCUAACAAUGGGCAGGCGAAAGCUAAUGGUGAACACAACGGACCAGUGAACGGACAGAGCGGUGCCGAAACAAAACCAGAUUCAGCAAAGGAUAACCCCCAGCAGACCAAACCACAUGGAGAAAUGGAAGUGGACUAAAUCUUGCAUUUCUUUCACUUAAUUAAAAUAGUGCAAGUAACCACAGGGUCCAUUCUUUUUGUCUGGUACACACCUCAAAUGUUUAGUUAUUCUUAGCCAACUUUCUGUCAUUUGUUGUUGCAGUAGUUUUUUGAAGUGUUUUAUAUUAAGUACAUCUCUAUUCAUUUCCACUGAUGCUGCUUAUGUGGAGCUUUAGCCAAAUGUAGAUUGUAUAAGUCAGUUCAAGCUUUCCCAAUAUAUUUUAUAUCAAACAUACAGAAUUGAUAUAUAAAUGGCAACAAUCUACCUUAUUUAAAGCUUUUAUUGUGGAUAAACCUCAGCUCCUUUAUUCAGGAAAGGAUACUGUAUUGCACUACUGAUGCUGAAGUGUAGAUCUAAUUGCAUCUUUAUUUUGGAAAAAUAUUGGAAUUGAAGUGGCAAACUGUCACUUAAAGCACUGACCUUUUCUAGUUAUUGUAUUGUUAUAAUUUAAAUAUUAAAAUAGAGGUUAGUUGGCAUACUAGUCCAUCUUGUUGAUGUACCAUGAGAAUUGUAUGGUGUCUUUUUCGUAUAAACUGAUAAUACAAGCUUAAACUUUUUUUUUUAGAUUCCCCAUACCACUAACGUUUAAUCUUAGUUAUAAAAUACCAACAUAAUGGCUCUGCCAUUUGCUGAAGUUAAUUGAAUGGUCUCAUUGGACAUUGCUGUACAUAAUGUACUGUGCUUACAAUAGGAUGAUACUAAUAAUAUGAAGUGGUAGAAUAUACAAGGACUGUUGCAUAGGUUUCCCUUGAAAAUGUCUUAUUGCACAUAUUACUACUUACUGCUCAUUUCUUUUUGAAUGAAAUCUGUAUCUUGAUCACAUCUUAUGCUGAGGAGGAAAAGCAGCAGAAACUGCUUAUAUAACUUGGCUGUUGGAACACUUAAUUCUGAGAUUGCUUAAAUAACGUUUGUUGCAAACUGGAAACAAAUACCAAUUGAGGGCUUGUUUAAGCCAUGGUACUUGGCACAAUCCUUUUAGAUCAAGGAUCUAAACAGCAGAUCACAAACUGCAUAUUAACUGUUAGCUCCAACAAUGAAGUAAGAAAUCUAUUUGAUAAAUUUCCAUAACUUACUGAUUAUCUUUGGUCAUUCACUUGAUCUAAUGGAAGUGUCUAUAAUACAAUGGAUUAGUAAGUUGAGUGAGUCACUUUUGAUCUUUCUAUUUUGACCAGAUCUAACUUCAUACAUUCUGAAUGCGUAUGUCAGUCAUGGAGGAACUGUAGCACUUUCUAAAGCAAGUCCAUUUUCUCUUGACUUGAACACACAAACCACCCAUGCUCAUUACCAGAACAAGAGCAGGCUACUUUAACUGUGGAAAAUGGUUUAUUAGUCAAGUCAGCAUAAUGGACUGCAGUUAGUUGCACUGAAACAUUAAUGAUUUGAACUCCAUUUUGGAAAGGCAUUAGUCAAUAGGCAUUCCAGCAGCAGUUCUCACAUGGAAAAGCUUGUUGCUGUUGUAAAUGAGCAAAGUGUCAAAUGCUCUUACUUCCAACUGUGGCAGCCAUUUUAACUUUACCCAUGUCCUGAUGUUCCCCUAGUAUGCAUGCUGUAAGGAGAAAGGAGAGCAGCUGGGACGCAAGCUGUGUGUGAUAGAGGUGAACUGUGCCCUCCCCUAGCUUCACAGGAAAAGGAAGCAUCAGUUACAACUGUCUAUACACCUAUUAAAACCAGCUCAAGUGUUAGAAUUGUAUCCUUGUGACUGACAUAGGUGACUUGGCUUUUAUGCCCCUCUACAAAAUCAGUUGGGGGUGGUCUGGCACCCUGACUUUACCUGUUUAAAUCCCUUGAACAACUGUGUAUCCUUGAAGCAAGCUGCAACUACUCUGCAACCUCAGUCUUGAAUGCUGCUGUAGUUGCACAUCUUAGUCACUGCUUUGUUGCCUAGUUUUGGCAUUUGUUCUUAGUUUAAGUCAGCAUGUGACCAAGCAAGCUCCAGUCACAUAGGCUUUAACAUUACAAGUAUCCUAAUGGCUUUACCACACUAGUGUAAUGACUACCAUUAUAAAAUUUUGGAGUCUUAAAACACAUUCAAAUAUUAACUGAAGUCCAGUAGCCUUCCUACCUGAUAUGUGGCAGAGGAAGAGCUCAUUGAGUGGAAGAAGUCUCUGGUGCAAGCGCUUUCAUAGCUAAAAGGUCAUAUGUAAGAAAAUUCUUGCUUCUGUUCUUGGUCAUUAAAUGUUUAAUGUUACAUUACAAAUGUUGGAGGCAAUUUUUAAGCAUAAGGCUAAAGUAAUUCUACAGAUGUUUAAUAUGUCAAGCUUAAAAGCAGAUAGGCUUAAGACAAGCAGCAGAACAGCACUUUUUGGCUGUGCACCUGCUCUGUCUCUAGAACCCUGGGGAAAAUGAAUGUUACACAGAACAGCUUGAGAAUUCCACAUGUAAGGGCAAAAUUGUUGUUGUUUGAAUGUCACAUUGUGUCCUUGUUUCCUGCUGCAAAGAGGAAUGUUUUAAUAUGACACAGAUCUAUUCUCAACUGCUUACAGUAACUAUGUACAACUUGAAGGUGAAGUUUUGCUUGUCAGACUCAACAACAAACAAAUUAUAUUGUGGCCACCUUGGCAGCACCAGAAUGAAUAUUUUGGAGUACCAAAUUACAAAUUUUACUAGGGUACCAACAGCAGUAUGCUACACUACAUUUUAUGUCUUUUAAAAAUGGCUACUAGGUGCUAACACCUUUCUAAUACUUUUUUUUUGAAUGCAAGAUGCAUUUCUAAUCUGUUUGAAAAAUGUUCCCUCCAUCCCCUAGAAAGAGAAAGAUGAAGCAAUACCAUCUUAGUACACACAAUGCAGUUUUAUUUAAAAAUGGCUUACUUAAAGCCAUUUUUGUUGCAGUUACUUGCUGAAACAGAUUUAAAAUUACUAAAACAGCUCGUACCAGCUGUGUUUAAAAACUGCUUCAUUGUCUUUUCCACAUCUUUUAUUAUACCAUGUUUUUAAAGAUGAGGUUCAGGAUUUCAUUUGAGCUUCCUUCAAAUGUUGAAGAUAGAUAUAAACAGACAUAUACUCUUCCUUGCAGUGAUAGCUAUAAAUCUGAGUUAAACUGACAAGGGAGCUCUGCUCUGAAGUAGCACAGUACAGCUGCCUUUCUUUUUGGUCACUUGUUUGGUGAUACAUGACAACUGGAAUGAAAAAUCUUCUCCCUUUGUUUCAGGCAGUAUUUAAACAGUAAAACAAGGAUGCUACCUUUGGGGCAUGCUUGCAAAACUUACAGUAGGAAGGUGGAGGAUUUAAGAUCCAAGCCACUUGGGUGAAGCACCUAACUUGUAUUACAAGUAAUAGAGUGAGGGAGAAGGAACUUUCUUCUCCCUGUCUGGUACAGCAGGGGCCUGAGACGAACCACAUUUCCUGCGGUACUACCCUUGGAGCACACAGACAUAAGACUACAAAACUCUAUCAUGCUGUUUCAUUUCAGAGGGUACCAUGUCUGACCUUACUUCAGCGUGCAGUAUGAAGUUGUUGGUUGUUUCACUUAAACGUGAAAGAGCUCUUAAUCUAAGCAUCCAACCAGUGGUUGUAGAUAUAAGUAAGAUUCAUUUAUAUGCUGCAGUAUUUGAAGUUAUUUAAUAUUUCAUGAAGCAUUUCAGUGUUCUAAACUCCAUCCUCUGCUAUAGCUUCUUCCUGUUUUUUUUUUUUUUUUUCCUUUUGUAACUCAUCUCAGAUAUUCCGUAUUUAAGUGAGGGUGCUCCCUGUGGGGAUUAAGUUUAAAUUUACUGCAGAAAACAGACAAAGAGCUGGCAGGAGACCAUCUUCCCAAGUAUUUUUUGACACAGAAUUGUUAGCAAUAUACAGCCUUAGCAAACCUUGCAGUCUGCACAUCUUAAUGUUCCAUCAUCUAAGCCAUGUGAUUACCUGACACUGGCUUUCAAAAACAUGAAACCAUCUUAGAAAUAUGCUGACCCUGCUGGUUCAAAGCAGCUAGCUUAGCUGCUAUGGAAAGAGAAUCUAAACUUAAUUCCCUUAGAUUAGUUUUACCAUGAACCACUUUUCUCAAAACAGGGCUUUGACUUUUGUAUUACCACCCUGUAAUACCUCACUAGUCUUUUCCGUGAGCCCUUUGUAAACCAAAGUCCAGGUACACACUUUAGUUGGGAAAUCAAGAUAAUGUCUGGAAACACUAAGGAAGCCUACAUAGCUGCUACUUACAGUGAUUUUUUCUUUAAUUGCUGGGAGAAUAUUAUGUUGCCUCUUACACUUUUUUCCAUUACACUAAGUUUCCUAGAUUGGGUUUCAGGCACUAGGAGGACAGAAGAGCGCUAUCAAAAGAGUUAGUAGAAACAUUUUAUGCCAUGUAAAUUUUUAUUUCAACCCACAAGAUGACAUUUGGAGUGUAGACACAAACUCAACUUCUACACAAUUUUUCUAGUGUAUCAACUUUACCUGACUUUUUAGUUCUCUGCAGUUGAAAUUUGAAGACUGCAAGCACCGAUUGAACAUGUAAAUAACCAGUGAAAACAACUCAAUAUAGCUGUUAGCACUAUCAUCUACAGAAUCCUAACCUGGGGUUUUGCUUACAUGACUUAACCUGAUACAGUCAUUAAACUCCAUUUUUCAUUUUCCUGUUCAGAAGGAGAUAAGAAUGAAAAGCAGGAGUAACUGUAACAUGGUAUAUAAAGAAUUAUUUUAAACAACAUGCAGUUAAGAGCUAGAAGCACCAGCCACCUAUAGAAAGUGCUGCAAUAGUUUAAUUAAUGAAGGUGGUAGUCACUGAAUGUUGCAUAUUUGGAGUAGUUUGUUUACAUAUUCUAAACAUAUCUCUACAGGAUGGGGGGAGGGGAAGAGGUAGGAGUGUUUGUGAGAAAUAAAGCAGUGUUUACGUAUGCAAAAUGUUCACUAUGUAUGUAAAUGGGAUCCUUAUUAGUGACAGAUCGUGCAAACUGACAAUACUUCAAUUUAUUUUUGAACGGCAGUAUAGAUUGUCAAGGUUGUGUAUAAUUAUAAUAAAUAUAUAAACCUGCUACUUGAACCAUAAA